AUGGAAGGACUCGGAAUGCCAGAAGGAUUUGACGAGGCAAUUUACCUUAUAGAGAUAAAUGAAGUUGUUAAGCAGUACUUGCGCAAGGUCAUGAAGCCCAAGGUCAAGUUCACCGCUAUUUCUGGAAGGGCUGCCUUG